GGUGAUAGAGCGACCUGCCGAAGUGAUCGCGGCAGGCUCACUUUAAUCGUGAUGAAACGCAAACUAUUUCGGUCGCGAUGCGAGUGUAAAUUCGGCGUGCAAUACAAUCGGCGGAAUUGAUCCGUGAUUAAAUAAAAGUGCAUUUCUGCUCUUCAGUGCGAUUCGGGAACACAGUGUAACAAAUAGCCAGGCACGUGAGUCAGUGACCGGCUCGAAAAGGCUUUCGCCCGACAGAAUCUCGUUGGAGGUCCCGUCGAGAAGCGGUGGGUGCGAUCGAAGAGGAGAGCAGGACGCAAUGAGGGUUUACGGGGUCAGUUCGUUGCAUGUAUGUGCGGAGUGUAAUUCUGCGUUAACUGCUGCCACACCACUCGACGACGAAGGAAGUCCAUCAAUUCGAGAAGCAUCGCAUUGUGCGGACAGUGUUCAACCGAACGUGAUGGUUUUUCAUAAGGUUCAUCCUCGCUUGCACAUCACUUAAUCGGUGGUCCAUUCCUGAGCUACUAAUUUCCAGUGGAUCAGCCUCGAGUUCAUCAAGACAUUCUUGCAGUUCAUGAUAUUUUCAGAUUGCUCCGCCUUUUGAGAUGUUACUACUUCGGAUGUUUUGACGGUGGAUGACAAAUCACCACCAAUGCGCUCCAUUGCCACAUUAGUAUGCUGUUUAUCCAUAACUGACUAUGGGACUUCCUGAUUUACCGGGUCAGCCGGAGGAUGACACUAACUUUAAAAUGGAUGAACAUAACACAAUAAGAGCAGAACGAUUUAGCGAAGACGAAAGUGACAACGAAUCGAUAGUAAAUGGCAAUAGAUAUGCAGGAUAUCAGCCCUUAAAUAUGGACGAAUUGAACCAUUUUCAGCGACGAACAUCUCUAACAGAAAAUGAAACAGAUUCUGUAGCAGACGCAACAAUAAAUGAAGAUGAAUCAUCAACAGUAGAUCAAAACAGCAGUCUAAAUUCUGAACUAUGCAAUAUUGAUGUCUGGAAUGCGCCAAGACCCGAUGAACUAAGUAUCGAAAUAGAUUCCUCUAAAGCAGCAGAGAUAGUGACCGUUAUGGCUGGAAUCAAACUACCCACCACGGCCGUACCUGAUUGGGCUCAUGGUGUACCGGAAGAAGAAUGGAAGGAAAAUUUACUACAGCGAAUUCGCCAGCGACAGCAACCGGACGUUACCGAUGGUUGUGGCGCCUUCUGUAUGGAAAGUGCUUCACCAUCUUCAUCCAAAGCAAAUGGCAAUAGUAGUAGCGGCAGCAGCGACAGUAAAGCUAGUAGAAGGACGUGAUUUAUACAACAUAUGCGAUUCUGGUCAAUAAUAACAUCCUCGUCCGUGUAACGCCCCUUUUGCUUCUAGCACGUUGAUGUUCGUUGGCUCAGUUUUCCCCGUUGAAUUACAUGACCCUUUUCUGCUACUAAACCACGAUGGAUCUCUUAUACAAUAAAG